GCAAAGAUUCGCUCACGGUAGUUCACCAGAAGGUUCGAGCUCACCCCUGGCGGCGAUGCUGAAACCACCGGAACACCAGGUAGCCGGCCACCAGGCCCGAGAUGGCCGCCUUGGCCCCCUCGUCGACGGCUCAGGCCUCUUCUACAAGCCCCUUCAAAGCGACGACCGUGGCGCCAACGAAUUGACCUUCUACACCUCCUUCUCUUCCGAACCCCGCAUUCCCACGCGCAUCCGCUCCUUCUUCCCUGGAUUCCACGGAACUCAGCUUCUCCGCGCUUCCGAUGGCUCCGGUCUCCACCCCCACCUCGUCCUCGACGACCUCUUUGCCGGCCUCCGUCUUCCCUCCGUCAUCGAUCUCAAGAUCGGAUCCCGCACCUGGUUCCCCUCUGCUCCUGAAGACUACUUUCGCAAGUGCCUCGCCAAGGACCGUAAAUCCACCUCCGCUCUCCUUGGUUUCCGCAUCUCUGGUCUUCAGGUCAACGACGAGGACUGCAGGUGGCGCCCCAGCCACGAUGAAGUACGCCAGUUCAAUGCUAAGGACGUCUGCCGUAUCCUCCGUCGCUUCGUUUCGUCCGACCCGGCCUCGGAUUGCGAACCGAACUGCGUCUUUGCGUCUGCCGUCUACGGUGGCGCGGAGGGAGUUCUCGCCCAGUUACUUGAACUGAAGGCCUGGUUCGAGGAGCAGACCCUCUUCCACUUCUAUUCGGCUUCCGUCCUCGUGGCCUACGACAAGGAUGGUUCUGAGGAUGGUCGAUACCCUAACCGUGCGAGGGUGAGGCUUGUAGACUUCGCGCAUGUCCUGGACGGUAAUGGGGUGAUCGAUCACAAUUUUUUGGGUGGACUCUGCUCGCUCAUCAAAUUCAUCUCCAAUAUUCUCAAAGACCCCGACAAUAUCUCUAAUUCAAAUGCUUUAUGAAGGGCACUAACGGGAUCCAGAUUCCACAAAAAGAAUCGUGGCGAAUGCUGGAUUGAAGACGCUUCGGACAAUUUGCUUUAAUUUCUCAUUAUCGUUAAUAUAACUUAUACUUUUCCUGAUUCUUAAGGCUGGGGGCUUCAGCGUUUUUCAAUCUAUUGGUGAGAUUUCUUGACAAUCUCCACCUGGAAUUUUAUACAUUGUUGAUUGAUAAAGGAAUGAUAAAAUGUUGUAGUUUUCACAUGCGCAUAGCUUGAUGGAAUUAGGUCCAUUUUUCAAACAGAUACAAUUGAUUUCCUUAAUUGCAUGAAAGAAGGAUCCAUUGAGGCCUAUAUUACGCUUG